UUGCCUGGUGAGUACUUUUAUUUGGUAGUGAGUACAGUCACAUAUCCGGAAGUACUUCACCAGAGCUCGGCCCAUGCGACAGUGAACCGCUUGCAUAAAAGCAAUAGAGCAGGCUAGCAACUAACCCAAACAGCUCACUUUGGAAGUCUUAUUAAUAUGGCCAGUCCCGAUCAGAUCAGGGCCAUUGGCAGCGUCCUGGUCGACCCCAGUAAGGACCUGUCCCAGCGCUUCAGGGCGCUGUUCACGCUGAGGAACCUGGGAGGUUCAGAAGCCAUAGAGUGGAUUAGCAAGACGUUUGUUGACGAGUCUGCCUUGCUGAAGCACGAGCUUGCCUACUGCCUGGGACAGAUGCAGGACAGACAAGCAAUACCCACACUAACGGCUGUCCUGAAAGACACCAAGCAAGACCCCAUGGUCCGUCACGAAGCAGGUGAGGCUUUAGGUGCGAUUGGUGACACAGAAGUUCUGCCAAUACUUGAAGAGUAUUCAAAGGACCCAGUCAUUGAGGUGGCAGAGACGUGCCAGCUGGCGCUGCGCCGGCUGGAGUGGCUGCAGAGCGGGGGGAGCGCUGAGGACGGCGCGGCGGACAAGAACCCCUACUCCUCCGUGGACCCGGCCCCUCCCGCGGCCAAGAAGAGCAUCCCGGAGCUGCGCACCAACCUGCUGGACGAGACCCUGCCGCUGUUCGAGCGCUACAGGGCGAUGUUUGCCCUCCGCAACAACGGCAGCGAAGAGGCUGUCCUGGCACUAGGGGAUGGCCUGCAGUGCUCCAGCGCCCUGUUCCGCCACGAGAUCGGCUACGUCCUGGGACAGAUGCAGCACCCGGCCUCGGUGCCGGCCCUGCGCGCCGCCCUGGAGCGCAGCGGCGAGAGCCCCAUGGUGCGGCACGAGGCGGCCGAGGCCCUGGGCUCCAUCGGCCAGGAGGAGUGCCUGGAGGUGCUGCAGCGUCACCGCGGCGACGGCGAGCGCGUGGUCAAGGAGAGCUGCGAGGUGGCGCUGGACAUGCUGGAGUACGAGAGCAGCGGGCAGUUCCAGUACGCCGACGGCCUGGUCCGGCUGCAGUGUUGACGCGGGACGGACGGACGGACGGACGGACGGACGGACGGACGGACGGACGGACGGACGGACAGACGUGGGGGUUGGGUCACUACACUCCCCGAAUUUUGGCGAGGAAUUUUUCACGGAUGUUUAGUUGCUGAUGGGGGAGGCGGAAAAGUACUUCAUCGCCGAGGAAAGGACAGAACCUGAUCUUAACUGUCAACGUAAAGGUCAACAGAGUUGUACGUAAUAAACGAUGGCACUGGACUGAUGGAGUCGGUUGUUUGAUGAAGCACAACCAAGAGUCCGGCUGCACAUGGUUCUGCAGGGCUUACAAGGGCCGACCGUCCAGUGGGGUCAGGGGUGUGUACUGUGUCCAGCAGAGCCACGAGUAGCCUAUGUGUGACCAGGAUGGGGAAUGAGAGGAUCACGUGUUGUGCCUUGAAGGGUAUAUUAUAAAACUUAAUUUAUACAAGCUUCAAUGACCGCUUUAUAUUUUGUUGUACUGAUUAUGGGGUUUAUUCCCCUUAUUAUAUUAUUUGUGUUAAACUGGUUUCAACACUGAUGAUGUCUUCAGUUAUUGCUAUGGUUUGACAUUAUGGAAUGAAGCCUUGGCUUGCAUUUUAAAUCAAUCAUCUAUCAACACAACUAUCUGUCAUCUAACAAAAACACAAUAAACGUUCUUCCGAG